GCUAUAGUCUGUGCAGAUUGCAUGAUUCUGUAUUUUAUUUUCUGAUUUCAUCAAUAGUCAUUUUCUUUUUCCACCUCAAAUUCUUAAUGUUAAAUUGUGAUUCAAAAAGUCACGCAUCUCAAGAUUACGUGCCUUUCGAAAACGCAAAUCACAGAUUAAAGAGAUUUAUGAUAAACAAGAAAUAAUAAAACAAAUAGAAGAAGUAUUUGAAGCACGCUACGGCUACCUCAAUACAUAAUUAAACGUUCACAAAGGUCUUUUGAAUUCUCGAUUCAUCGAUAUUUAGUUCAAAGUUGAGGGAGACUCCAACCAUCAACAACGAGGUCUAAAAUCUGGUAUACAGAGUCUUGUGUACAGAUAAACCCUUACACAAUGCCUGCCAGCAGCUUUAACCUGUAUCAUAUGCACGAUGCCAAAAUUAAUUUCGAAGCUAUGCGUCCAGCUCCCGUUUGCACAGAUACCAAGAUGGUGAUGGGGCACUGCCAGAAAAUACACAUAUCAACUAAUUGUUACUACGGUUAUCAUGAUGCCAAGGGCUCGGAAAGAGUUCAUGAAGACGCGGAUUGUGAAAUGGUAGAGUUGUCACAUGCAGUGGACACUAAAGCAACGCAGUCGCCGCUAAGCAAUCAAAAGAAAAGAAGUGCAGAUCAUGGCACAUAUCCACAAACAAAACGCUUACGUAAAGAAGUACAAAUAAAGAAAAGAUUAGAACCUGAGACAAUAGACAAAAAGAAACUGGAAACAAGUUCUGAGGAUUUGCUGGAGGCUCUUUAUUGGAAUUUGCAUGGCGGGAACUUUUUUCACCUGUUAUAGUGUCCAUGAUGAGAAGUCAAACAUGUGAUAGACAAUAGUGAUGUUGGGACUCUUAAGAACUUCUGUUACUCAAUGUUUGUUUUAAGAAAUUGGCUGGAGUAUGGAAUACUUAAGCAAAAUAAUAUAUUAUAAGGAUUUUUCGUAAUAAAGAUAAAAAUGGGCAA